UGAGCUGUCCUGGGGGACUGGGUAAGAGCUUAAGACGGACGACCUCAGCAGGGAGGGCACAGACCAUCGCAUCAGGCAGACCCGGGCAUGGCCAGCAGGAAGGCCAAGAAGAAGGAGGGGGGGGCCCUGCGGGCCCAGAGGGCGUCAUCCAAUGUCUUCUCCAACUUUGAGCAGACCCAGAUCCAGGAGUUCAAGGAGGCGUUCACACUCAUGGACCAGAACCGAGACGGCUUCAUUGACAAGGAGGACCUGAAGGACACCUACGCCUCCCUGGGCAAAACCAACGUCAAGGAUGAGGAGCUGGACGCCAUGCUCAGGGAGGCCUCGGGGCCCAUCAACUUCACCAUGUUCCUGAACAUGUUUGGGGAGAAGCUGAGCGGCACGGAUGCCGAGGAGACCAUCCUCAACGCAUUCAAGAUGCUGGACCCCGACGGCAAAGGCAGCAUCAACAAGGACUACAUCCGGCGGCUGCUGGUGUCCCAGGCCGACAAGAUGACGGCUGAGGAGAAACAAGACAGAGCCUGGAGUCCAGUUCCUGUAAUUAGUUCACCUGCUGGCUGCGGCCUCGGGGACCCUCCCACUCCCUCCCACCCCUGCCUGGGCCUCACGACCCCCACCAAACUCGCAGGUUGACCAGAUGUUCCAGU